AUGAUCAUUCGAUUCAGAUCCAAAAAUGGUAUGCUUAGGGUCAAGACCGAGCCCUCGGACCAAUUUCUGACUCCUUUGAUGGAGGUGGUUUCCAAAUGGGCCAUCCCUGACCCAAAGCUGAUGUUCAUAAGCGACAAGCCAAACGAUAAAGGGACCUCGGUCGCUGAGCUCGCCGAGAAGUCACUUGGUGAACUUGGCCUUAAGAAUGGUGAUAUGCUUUUUGUGACUUAUGACUCUGGUGAGCAGGAGAAAUCUGCGUCAAUAGUACCAGGUCGCCACCAGACGAUACCUGUGAGAGAUAUCACACCAGCACCUAAGGAAUCCGUUAAGCAGCACCCAGUCGAUGAUCUUCUUGACUCACAGGAUGGGUUAAUCAAGAGACCAAAGUCAAGUUUCUGUAAGCAUGGCGACAAGGGUAUGUGUGAAUACUGUUCUCCAUUACCGCCAUGGGACAAGAACUAUCUUAAAGAGCAAGGCAUCAAACACAAAUCGUUCCACGCAUAUUUGAAGGAAAUGAACGAACAACAGAAUAACAAGAGCAAGGCCUCGUCUUAUAUUUCUCCCUUGCAGGAUCUAAACUACGCCAUCAACUUGCAUUGUCCAGGGGGCCACGCCCCAUACCCAGGAGGAAUUUGUUCCAAAUGUCAACCUGCCCCAAUCACUCUUCAACAGCAACCGUUCCGUAUGGUGGAUCAUGUGGAGUUUUCCGAUUUUUCUCUACUCAAUAAUUUCAUCGAUGUGUGGAGACAAUCAGGUGUCCAGAGAUAUGGCGUGCUCUAUGGUAGGUACGAAGCAUUUGAAAAAGUUCCAUUGGGCAUAAAAGCAGUUGUUGAAGCAAUUUAUGAGCCACCUCAGCUGGGCGAGUUUGAUGGAAUUACAUUGCUCGAUUGGCCAAACGAACAGGAUGUGGAUUCCACCGCUCAAGCCUUGGGCCUUCAAAAAGUCGGUGUUGUGUUUACUGACUUGACAGAUUCCGGUCGUAGAGAUGGAACUGUUUUAUGCAAACGUCAUAAAGAGUCCUACUUUUUGUCAUGCCUCGAAGUUCUCAUGGCAGCAAAAAAUCAAAUCGCUCACCCAAACUACAGCAAAUUUUCAGAAACUCGGGAUUUCUCCUCCAAAUUCGUCACAUGCGUUAUCACAGGUAAUCAGAAAGGAGAAAUUGAGCCUCACUCGUAUCAGGUUUCUAGAAGCGCUGAGGGACUCGUGAAAGCAGACAUCAUAUCUGCCUCUACUCAUCCAAACAUGCUUUGCAUAAACAAGACACAGGGGUCAAGAUACGUGCCGGACGUGUUCUACUCUAAAAUCAAUGAGUACGGUUUGGAGGUGAAAGAAAACGCAAAGCCGGCUUUCCCUGUUGAAUUUUUAUUGGUGACAUUGCUGGAUUCGUUUCCCUUGGAUCCAAAGCCGAUGUUCAGACUUGACUUCGUUGUUGAAAAUAGGGACUUCCUCGGCGAGCUUCAAGAUUUGAAAGCCGUCCAGAGGCAAAUUCAGCUGGGAGGCGGCGAUGGAAGCCUGCUCAUUGAUUUCCAUUUUUUGGUCUACUUGCGCAAGAUGGGAAUCCUUAGUAAUGAUGAGCUUGAUUGUCUCUACCGCUACGCAAAGGAUAAGAAAGAUGAAGACUAUUUACAAUUGAUCGAGUCUGGUGGGUGGAUGACUUUGUUGACGGUGUUGGAGCAGAGCACUCACUGA